CAAAGUGCGGAAGUGUUGGAAGUCGCGCGAACACAGAGCUCUCCGGAAUAGUUUUCUCCUUUGAUUCAGAUCUAUGGUUUUACAUGAUUUUUUAACUGUCUGGACAUAACCGGUUCGUACAUCUGCCUUCAACCCGCAUCAGAAUCCUCUUUUUCCCGUAAGCGUUUCCCGAGCGGUGGUCCUGCCGGUUCUGCACGUUUUUAGGUUGUCCAAAGCUUGGUCAUGAGUAAGAGGAAAACCAAGCAGACCCAUGUUCCAGUCGGAGAAUGCGUGGCUCAGCUGCAGAAGAUGCUGAGGGAGCGUUUGUGCCAUGAGGAGCUCCCAGAGACGCCUGAGGGGGUGGCUGCACAGCACAAACACUUACUGGAGCUGCUCCGCCGCACUGCGCUCCAUGGUGAGAGUAACUCGGUGCUGAUCGUGGGACCUAGAGGAGGGGGCAAAACCAUGCUCCUCAAGAGUGUGCUGAAGGAGCUGAUGGAGGAGAAAGACAUAAACAAGACCCUUAUGCAGGUUCAUCUCAACGGUCUUCUACAGACUGACGACAAAAUCGCUCUCAAAGAAAUCACCAGACAGCUGCACCUGGAGAAUGUUGUGGGCGACAAAGUCUUUGGAAGCUUUGCAGAGAAUCUUGCCUUUCUAUUGGAGGCCUUAAAGAAAGGUGACCGCAGCAGCUCUCGGCCCGUGCUUUUCCUUCUGGAUGAGUUCGAUCUGUUUGUGCAUCAUAAGAACCAGACUCUCCUCUACAACCUGUUCGAUGUGUCACAGUCGGCCCAGGCUCCCAUCGCUGUGGUGGGCCUAACCUGCCGCCUGGAUGUACUGGAGCUGCUGGAGAAGCGCGUCAAGUCGAGGUUCUCCCACCGUCAGAUCCACUUGUUUAGUGACGCCACCUUCCCUGAUUACGUGCAGCGCGUCCAGAAGCAGCUGUGGCUCCCAGCGACCUUCCCUGACCAAAGAUUUGCAGAAGAGUGGAACAACAGUGUCAAGGCUCUGUGUCAGGACAAAUCAGUUGAGGACGUUCUUCGGAGACACUUCAACUCCAGCAAGGACUUCCGCUCCUUACACGCGCUUCUGAUGUUCUGCUUGAGCCGAGUCUCUGUAGCCAAACCCUCCAUCAAACCCGUGGACGUCCUGGAGGCUAGCCGCAUGUGUAUUGCUGAUGCGAAAGCGAACAUGCUGCAUGGCCUGUCCAUCCUGGAGCUAUGUCUGAUCAUCGCCAUGAAGCACCUGAACGACCUGUACUACGGAGAGCCCUUCAACCUGCAGAUGGUCCACAACGAGUUUAAAAAAUUUCUGCAGAGGAAGUCCAGCACCAUGUACAACUUUGAGCAGCCCGUGGUGAUGAAGGCGUUUGAGCACCUGCAGCAGAUGGAGCUGAUUCGGCCCCUGGACAGCUCGGGGGCCCGGACCCAGAGGGAGUUCCAGCUCAUGAGGCUCCUGCUGGAUAAUAGUCAGAUCAUGGAGGCGCUGCAGAAGUACCCCCAGUGCCCUACAGAUGUCAAGCAGUGGGCGCUGUCCGCAUUUGGAUAAAAAACAAAAACUGAGCUUUUAACAAGAACUGGGCUCAAGGGGAAGAAAAUGGACAUGUUAUAAUGUUAUCUUCACAAACACUUAAAUCUUUAGCCAUGUGGUCAAUAAAAUGUAUAAUAAAAUGUAACAUUUCUGCAUAAAAAAAUACUCUUAUAUUUAUUACAAAUUUGUUUGGAAAAUGCAGAUGUUGAACAAGUAUAAAAGCAUUAAAAGUAUUAAAUAUUUUUAUUGAUUGGAAAUAGAUGUGGAAAUCGAGACUAAAGUUAGGGUUUAUUUUCUCUAAAUUCAAGUGAAAAUGUAUACUUUAAACUUCAUACUGUUGAGUACAAAUCAUGCAAUUUAUAGUAAUAAUUGUAAGUGCCAGAUACAUUUGUAGAUUUCAUGUUGAUUAGUCAAAACUGUAAAUCAAGAUUAAUACUUAAAUAAAUAAAUUAAGCACUUUUAA